AUGCUGAGCGAUUUCGAACCGGGUCGAUUAUCCACGAAUCCACAAAUAUCAAUACCAGAGAUUGCCAAAAAUGUUAUACAAAAAGUUGCCAAAAAUGUGACAAAAGUAUUACUGAAAUCAAAAGUACCACUGAAAUCAAAAGUACCACUGAAAUCAAAAGUACCACUGAAAUCAAAAGUACCACUGAAAUCAAAAGUACCACUGAAAUCAAAAGUAUUACUGAAAUGA